UUCUGGCAGAGAGAAAAAAAAAAAGCCCAAGUGGAAUGAUCCCAUUUUACCUGUGUUUCUACUUUCUCAUUCACAGUGAAGGAAAAAAAAUUUGCCUAAAAAUAUCAAUCCCAAGGUGAUCGAGCGACCCAGCCUUCGCAUAUCUCACUGCCCAACCCUCAUCACCCUAGCUACCUCACUCUUCCCUCAUCAACCCUCACCUCUCAUAUCUCAACACCGAGCACCACACUACCAUCACCAGCUCCGGCCGAAUCAAACCCACCCCAACCUCAGGCCGCCGUCUCUGAAAUUUCAAGCGCAACUUACAAUCACCGGGUUCUUUAUUUCCGGCUAGCUCUUGGCCAAAAGGCCGAGCUAUUCUUUCUCAGUCUCGGGUCUCUCUCAUUUGUGUCUUUCAACGGCGUCGCGGCUGGGUCGCUGUUCUCCGGCGAUUUCGGCUUGGUUUCUCCGGCGAUUUUGGUUGGGUUUUUCUCCGGCCACGAUUUGAGACUCGGCCUUCGCUUCGCUUAAAUUGUAAAACGCUGAAAUUUCCGAUGAUUUUGACUGAUUCUUCGCUUCGCUUUGGGUUCUUCGACAUUAAACGCUGAAAUUUUCGACGAUUUGGGUCCUUCGCUUCGCUUCUCCAGUGAUUUCGGCUGGGUCGUUCUCCAGCGAUUCCGGCUGGCUUCUUUCCGACGAGUUUCUGAAUCGCCGUUUCCUUCCGGCGAGUUUGUGAUUCGUCAUGUUCUCCAGCGAUUUCGGCUGGGUCUCGCCGGCGAUUUCGGCUGGUUUUUCUCCAACGAUUCCGGCUGGGUUCUUUUCUGGCGAGCUCGUGAUUCACCGUCUCCGGCGCUUUUGACUGGGCUUUUCUCCGGCAAAUUUAUGGUAUAGUUGUUGCACUUGGUUGAAUCUGUCGUUCAUUACAAAAUGGGUGUUGCCAGUUUAAAAUUUUUUUACUACAAAGCUUGAACUAAUUCCCAUUUAUUUCACUCUUUAAAAAAAAUGACUCGUGUUUCUUCUUCCGAACGUUUCAAACCCUCCAAAGAGACUUCCAAAGCCACGUGGCAUACCAAACGUCUGGAUUUUGAGACUACCUUCGACAUUGAAGCUACGUUUCGCCACAAGGACAUGACUGAAUGGGCGGUGUUAGAAUUUGAAAGAAGGCGUUUGUCCUGCCUUUUUAGACCAGCUGCAGAGGUUACAUAUCCCUGUAUUGGGCGCCUGUUUUAUCAGAAUAUGGAAUGGUUUAGCGAUGCGCUGGAAAUAUUAGCUACAACCAUUGAUGGUGUCCGAAUUCACUUUGGUGUCUUAGACAUAGCCCAAGCAUUGGGGUGACCACAUUUGUGCCCCACUGACUUACUAGUAGAGAAUGGGGAGCUACGUUUUGGCAAGUUCCCAAAAAAAACCUACCGUGCAUUCUAUUGUUAAGGAUAUGUGUGCUGGGAAGUAUGGUGACAAGAAGAAGAAGAAUUGUGCCAGCAAGUCCUCACUACCUAAGGCUAUGUGGUUUUUCGAUCAAAUUUUGAAACGGAAUGUUCAUCCAAUAGGUCAUAAGGUACAACGAGGGCAAGAGUUCUUAAUAGCAUUGUAUGCUACCCACACUGGAGCAUGGUUUUCUGUUCCAGCUCUCAUUUUUAACCAGAUGCAUAAAUAUUGGAAGCAUUUAGUGGCGAGUGGGGAUCCGAAUGUGAAAAAAUGGAAACUCCCGUUUCCGUAUCUUAUUACCCAACUGCUUGUCCUUUGGCGCUUCGUGGUUGAUAAUGAUGAAAUCUCUGAGGCUCCACGGGUGACUUUUGGGCUAGCACAGUGGAACUUAAGCCUUUCUCAUAUGCCUAGUGCCAAGAAGGAAAGUGAUGGCAUGGCAGCAGAUGAUAGAGAAGAUGUGAAUGCCAUGGCUGAGGACGUUGUUGGGAGGUCCGAGGAGCAGAUUGCUGAUGGUCCUAGUUAUGAGCUAGCAUAGGUUAUGUCAUCACAUGCGGAGGAGUAUGCGGGGGUGACUCGGACAGAGUUCAAUGCCAUUGUAAGGCAGUUGAGGACCGAGUUGGCUGACUCUCAGGAGCAGCGUCGAGUUGAGCAUGAUGAGCUUAUACAACAGCAUACCACUACCCAGCGCAUGCUACGGGAUCUUCUUGAGAUUGUUUCAUCGAGUAUCCCACGCUCUUCCACAUUGCCGCCUGAGGCAUGAUUUCUUUUGUUUAUUUUAGGCUGUUCCGAUUUUUCUAUUUUGGGUGGAUGGGAUUUUAUAUAGCUAUAGCCAAAUUUUUAUGAUUUAGAGCUGGUUAUUUUGUGAAUCUGUAAUUCUGAGUUUCGUGAUAUAUUUUGGUUAUAUUCAUCCAUAUAUGUCUUGUACUGAUGCUUUUGCUAUAAAUUUAUACAUGGAUGAUUAUUUUUAGCUUCUGUUGCUCA